AUGGGCAAAACAAAAGACUGUGAAGUGGAGGAGAGACCCAAAUGGGACAACAAGGUUCAGUACCUGCUAACAUGUAUCGGCUUUGCGGUGGGACUCGGAAACAUCUGGCGUUUUCCCUACCUGUGCCAAAUCUAUGGAGGAGGUGCAUUCCUCAUCCCCUAUCUGAUAGCGCUGGUGUUUGAGGGCCUCCCUCUGCUCUACCUGGAGCUGGCUAUAGGACAGAGACUCCGCAUGGGCAGCAUUGGUGUCUGGAGGACCAUCUCACCACUACUGGGUGGAGUCGGCAUUGCUUCCAUGUUUGUGUCAUUUCUGGUGGGCCUUUUCUAUAACACCAUCCUGGCCUGGGUGCUCUGGUACUUCUUUAACUCUUUCCAAGACCCCCUGCCAUGGAGCCAGUGCCCACUCAAUGAUGACCUCACAGACUAUAAUGCAGAGUGUGAAAAGAGCACUCCAGUAAACUACUUCUGGUACCGUGAGACCCUGAACAUCACACCUGACAUCGAUACCAGCGGCUCCCUGCAUUGGUGGUUGGUCAUCUGUCUGGCCAGUGCCUGGUGUAUCGUCUACAUCUGCUUCAUCAAAGGCAUCAAGUCCAUGGGAAAGGUUGUGUAUGUGACAGCCACAUUUCCUUACCUGGUGCUGACUAUUUUCCUCAUCCGAGCCCUCACGCUGCCCGGAGCUACUGAUGGACUCGUGUACCUCUUCACUCCUGAUUGGCAGAUACUGAAGAACCCACAGGUGUGGCUGGAUGCUGCAACCCAAAUCUUCUUUUCUCUCUCUGUGGCUUUUGGAGGUCUAAUAUCUUUCUCCAGCUAUAAUCCAGAGAGAAAUAACUGUGAGAGGGAUGCUGUUCUAGUAGGAGUAAUAAAUAGUGCCACAUCUCUCUACGCCUCUAUUUCCAUCUUCUCCAUCCUGGGAUUUAAAGCAAACAAUGCCUUCAAUUCUUGUAUGGAGGAAAACAUCUUGACUCUGACCAACGACUUUGAGAUUUCAGACCAGAACAUCACAGUGGAGAACUAUAAUGACUGGAUUAAGCAUCUAAAUAGUUCAUUUCCAGGUCAGAUGGCCAAUGUGUGUCAUUCUUUCUAAUUUCCCUCUUCCCUUAAAUCAUGGUUGUUUCCUAGCGUAUCAGGUACCGGCCUGGCUUUUAUCGUGUUCACUGAAGCAGUGAUAGAGAUGCCAGGCUCUCAGGUAUGGGCCAUACUGUUCUUUAUCAUGCUCUUCAGCUUAGGCCUCUCCUCUAUGUUUGGGAACAUAGAGGGAGUCCUAAAUCCCAUAAAGGACCUCAAACUAGUGCCCAAGUGGAUGCCACAGGAGCUCAUAACAGCGGCCAUGUGCUUGGUAUCCUUCUUGAUUGCUCUCAUCUUCACCCUGGGCUCGGGGAACUACUGGGUGGAGGUCUUUAACAGCUAUGUGGGCUCUGUACCUCUGCUCAUCGUUGCAUUCUUCGAGAUUACUGGAGUAAUUUAUGUCCGUGGAAUGAAAACUUUCAGUGAAGACAUUUAUUUCAUGACCGGGAAGAGGCCCAACAUCUUCUGGAAGGUGUGCUGGAUGGUCAUCAGUCCUUUAAUGCUCCUGGCGGUGCUUGUUUCCUAUGUGGUUGUCCAGGCACAGAACCACCCUUCUUAUCCUGCAUGGAACCCAGCCUAUGAACACUUCCCAGAAACUGAAACAAAGCCCUAUCCAGACUGGGUGUUUGCCAUAAUCAUCCUCCUCUGUGUAGUGCCAGUGAUUUCAAUCCCUUUGGUGGCUCUCUACAAACUGAUCUGCCGUGGCAUCAUGAAGUCCUCUGCUCGUGCUGACCUAAAUCCAUACUGCAAUGACGGUUUCGAGGUUGAAACACCGGAACAGAAGAACCAGAAAGCAUAA